AUAUUUUAAUGCAGGUAACAGGCUCACUGCUUGGAAGUCUGAUAGCGAAACGGACCAAAUACUGGGAGGAAUGUAACAUAACUCUGGCAACAUGGGCACUACCAGAAAAUGGAAUCUACUGUAAAGGAACGUUUGACACAUUUGUGUGUUGGCCCCAUUCAUCUCCUGGGAAUGUGUCUGUCCCCUGUCCUUCUUACCUACCAUGGAUCAACGGCUCCAGGAGGGCACACAGAGAAUGCUUAUUGAAUGGUGUAUGGCGAAAGAAGGAUAAUUCCUCCGAGACCUGGAGGGAUGACUCAGAAUGUAAGGAGGACCAUUAUUUCAAAGACAAGGAGGAUGAAAUGCUUCGCCAGACAGCCCUCAGGCUUAUAUCUGUCAUCGGCUAUUCCAUGUCCUUGUCCUCUCUUUUUAUUGCUACUCUCCUGUUGGGCAUGUUGAGGAAGCUCCACUGUACCAGGAACUACAUACACAUGAAUCUCUUUGUGUCGUUCAUCCUGAGAGCCCUGGCUGUCAUCUCUAAGGAAAUUGUAUUAUACAUUAUGUAUUCCAAGCUACCCAAGGACGAUCCAGGAUGGAACUCCUAUUCAAUCUCUGCGAUAGCGUUGAUAUGUAAAUUUUCCAAAGUGUGUAUGGAAUACUUUGUGGCCUGUAACUUCUUCUGGCUCUUGGUGGAAGCCAUUUUCCUCCGUACGCUGCUCUUCACAGCUGUGCUGACCAAGAGACAUCUGCUGAAGAACUACAUGCUGCUCGGAUGGGGCACACCUAUUUUGUUUGUAACACCAUGGACAGUGGUCAAGAUUUUAUAUGAAAACACUGAAUGCUGGUCAAUUGUGAACAAAUGGUUCUGGUGGAUAAUAAGGGGCCCUAUUACUUUUUCAGUGCUUGUAAUUUUCUUCAUAUUUAUUAAGAUUCUGAUGCUGCUGCUAUCCAAGCUAAAAGCAGAUCAGUUGACGUUGACAGACUACAGAUACAGCUUGGCCAGAGCAACACUGGUACUGAUUCCUCUGCUGGGACUCCAUGAAGUGGUUUUCACUGUUCUGAUAGAUGAAUGUGUGGAAGGCAGCAGUCGCUACGCCAGGAACUUUAUCAACCUUACUCUCAGCUCGUUUCAGGGAUUCUUAGUCGCUGUGCUGUACUGCUUUGCUAAUGGAGAGGUCCAAGCUGAACUGAAGAAGCGCUGGCAACUUUUCCUGUUUACCAACCACGCCCAGUUCAGGAGCUGCUUUUGGAGCGUACCGCUGAAGUACCUGCGGAGGAAUACCCGGAUGCACCGCCCGCAUUGCUCUCAGCAGAACAACCUUUUUGACAAGGACAUAACGUUCACAACACAUCCACACUUGCUCCAGUUAGCUGUACAUGAAGGGGGUCCAGGACUUGCAAUAGGAGAGGUAAAACGUUUAAAGGACUGUGACACAACAGGGCAUGUCUUUCUCAACAGAAAGAGCUUAUCCAGUAGUGAUGGGGAGUUAACACUCGCAGAGACAAUGGAGGAAAUUCAGGAGGAGAGCCAAUUCUGAUCCCCUUCAGUGGGUUAACUUUUAUCAUAUUGUAUAUAGCAACCGCAUAGCAAUAUAUUAUUGAUGCUGAAUCAUGUGGGCAUUCAUACCCUGUUCUUUAAUGCCCUAUGUUGAAAUCUAGACCUUUCCAAUUGUUUGCAUUAUGUUCAUGGUGUAUUUAUUCCCCCCAAAACCCACAUAUGUAGUUAAUACAGACAAACAACUCUGUCAUCUAGUCUGUAUUUGUGCCUUUAGUUUUUGGGAUAUUUUUUCAUUCUAUCGUCGAUGUUCUGAGCAAGUGAAUUGCAAUGGAGUCACUUUAGCAACAUUGUAUUGUAUGUAUUUAUAACAUGGAUUUGUAACAUCGACUCAUGAAUAAAGUGGAUUCUACUCCACAA